AUGCUGGGACGUAUCAGCUCUACUAUCCGUCGCCGUAGUGCUAAUCGUUUCAUUCUUACGUUGCGCCAUCUCUCCUCAUCUUCUCCAAUCCAUCAACAUCGUACAGUCCGCGUUGGGGACCUCACCGCGGGUUAUAAUGUCACCCAAGUUGUUAAAGCUAUCAAAGCCAACCCGGUGGAGAAGAUACUGGAAAAGAAGGACCAUCUACUCGUUCAAUUUUUUGACGGUGCUGCUGCAAAGCAUUGCUUGGAGCGGCACACGGAUGCUAAGAGCCUGACGUUGACAAUAGAUGAAGAGGGUUCACCGAAGUUGUCAGCUAAGAUUGUCGCGGGUCUCGGCGCAUUCAAUCUCUCGCGGGAAUUUCGAUUAGAAAACCUGCCUGAAACUGCCACAGAAGACAGAUUGAGGAAAAAUGAGCCAGUCUAUAGACGCUGCCGCCAUAUUUUUGCUCGAGAGUUAGACGCAGAUCUCAGAAAAACCAGGGUAGUCUAUAUUAACGACAACGACAACUACGACUUACCGGACUGGUAUACUGAAACCGAAGAUGACGGGCCAGUCCAACGCAUGGUGUCGGUCAACGGUGCGAGCUCAGAAGUCAAGAAGUUCAUACGACAGUCGGUGCGCACCUUUGAGAAGGAUCACCUACCGGUGCUAUCCCUCUGUAUCUUUCCGGCUACAAACAAUAUUGUAAUGCGAUUUCCAACAGCAAACUUUGCCCGGUCCUUCGUCGACAUUCAUCAAGCCGACGCGAGCAAAUUAGGCGCAGAUCUUGUGCUGGAAUAUGAUGACCGAACAGAUUACGUGACUCGUGGCAUGGUUACUGCCCUAAACUUGGGGGCACGUAGGACGGUUCGCCUUGUCUCACGUCAAAACCGGAUGAAACAGACAGUGGAAUAUUACAAGAUUUUCCGGCAAUUCGGAAGAUUGAUUACCAUCAUGCCGCAAGUCAGAGCCGAGACGGAGUCCACCAUCGUUGCUGUCGUUUUCGAGGACAUAGGCUCUGCUAUGAAAUGUAUUCUUGGAUUGGCCAAGUCUGGUAGGUCUUUCCUGGGUGUUGAUACGAUGGAUAUGAAGGGCACCAAGGUGAAUUUCUUCGGCACCCGAACGCUGGCGCCCAUCAGCAUGUCAUAGCUCUCUUAACUCUGGGCUGACCAAGAAAAAUUGUGUCACCGGAGCAAUUAUCUGAACUCAUCUAGUUCAAAUGCCUUUUGCUUUACACUUGACGCAG